AUGUCGGGCGCACCAGCCUCUUCUUCCUCUUCCCGACGUCGUCCCUCCCUCCCAUCAGAUUCUAGCGAAACUAUCGUAUCGACCUUGGAUAAACCGGCUCGAAUCAAUUCGUCGGCUUUAACUAAGCAUGGGAAAUAUGUGCUGCUUGGUGCAUUGGGAUGUUGGUAUGUUGAUUUGAUAGGGAAUAUCAAAGGUGUAUUGGAUGAGGAAGGAGGCUGGGUCAGGAAGGUAAUGAUCGUUGGCUUAACGUCACAUGGAGCUACUAUCUUGCUCUUCCUCUACCUUGUAUUGUACUUACCGUGGUUCAGAGGAUACAUACCGAAUUAUCCGAAAUGGCAAUCUUCCGCUCGACUUUCGCUAAUUGUACCUCUCCUAACCACCGCGAUCUUACUUGGCUGGACAUCCAUUGUCGUAUCUCUCUCUCAAGCCGGUAAGAGGAGUAUACUGGAGUCUGCUGUAGAUGCUGUCAAGGCUGUGGGGAAUGCGAAUCUAGAACAAAUGGAGGGUGGAAGAGGGUUGGGAGUCAUGAAGUCUAUGGCUGGGACUACCGCUCUGUUCACUCUUACCUUGGGUAUACUGGGAUUCAUACCUGCCCCUACUAAUGUGCCCGUACGAGAGAAGAAGACGUAG